GCCAAAUUCAUCGCCCUGCGGCGCUCCACUGACGGAGGUGCAACGUGGUCCCCGAGCUCGUUCAUCGUGGAUGACGGGACACGGGUGGACGGGCUGAACCUGGGGGCCGUGGCCGUGGACCGGGCGAACGGCUCCGUGUUCCUGUUCUACGCGCUCUGCAUCCACCAGCCGCAGCCCUGUGUCUCCAGCACGAUGCUCAUUCGCAGCCGGGACGACGGCCGGUCCUGGAGCCGCCCCCGCAACCUCUCCCAGGAGAUUGGCCUGGACAGGUUUGCCCCGGGGCCCGGGCUCGGCAUCCAGGUGGGCACUCGGGGAGCUGCCCCGAUUUCUGUCACGGUGUUCUACUCAGCUGUGUCCCCGCCCCAGAGCCAGCCGCAUCUCCACGCUGGGGAGGGGUGUGACGUUCCCCUGGUGUUAUCUGGGCCGAGGAUCUGCUCGGUCACCCCAAUCCUCGAGUCUGGGAGCCAGCCUUGCCCUGCUCCGCAGUGA